GACACCGGAAAUACAACAAACGACCCCGCCAGCUAGCUAGCGGGCUGUCACACUUCCACGGGUUGAUUUGUCUGAUUUACUUUCGGACGUGUUUUCACCUCAACGUCAAGGAUUUUUACUGUGUCUGGCGCUUUUAUAAGGUUGAAUUUGCCGCCAUGUUCCUCACCCUCUGCCUGCUGCGCAAAGGUAUUCCCGGGAAGCAGUGGAUCGGGAAGUAUCGCCGUCCGCGUAAGAUUACGUGGCAGAUGAAAAGCAAAAUGGUGGGUCACCUGGAGCGCGAGGCCGAGAACGAGUACUGGAUCAGCCGCCCGUACAUGACCAGGGAGCAGGAGCAUUCACACGCCGCCGAGCGCCGGGCCCAAAACUGGCUGAAGAUCAAGGAGGCCAGGUUUGCCAAGUUUCCCGAGCACAAGCGCAUAACGGAUCACCUGAAUCACCUGAGAAUCACCCAGAACUGGUCGAGUUAACAACGGCAGCCAAGUUUAGAUGCAAAGACUGAUUUUAUAAAGUAACAAAAUGUCCGUUUCCUAAUUUAUGUUGAGCAGACGUUUGCUGAAGAGGAGGGUUUCGAAUAUGGAUUGAAGAACCUGCCUGUCUGCUUAAAACGUUGUUUUUUGUGAUUCUGAUUAUGUUUAAGAACAAACAUUUCAGUGUCUGGUGUGUAAUUUUUUUCUGUUAAGAUUAAACCUGCUUAACACCA